UGCCAUUCCCUCCCUUCCCACAGCCUCCGUGUCUUUUUUUGAAAAUUGAGAUGCAUCUCCGAGUAGGGAUUGCUGGCGUGCGGUAUGCAUUGAGAAGGGGCGCAAAGGUGCAGGGGAGAGCGUUUGCAAAUGUAGCUGGACUGACUUUGAAAACGCCAAGAGCACCAUUGGUAGCGGUAUCGGCGACGACAAACGUUGUUCGGGGCCGUAACUUUCAUACCCGCCCACCUUCUCAAAAAAACGUUCCUUUUUUGCUGGCUGAUAUUGGAGAGGGGAUCACAGAGUGCGAGCUCAUUCAGUGGUUUGUCAAGGAGGGAGAUCAAGUCGAGCAGUUUGCUAAAAUAUGCGAAGUGCAAUCAGACAAGGCCGCGGUGGAAAUCACCUCCAGAUACGAUGGGGUCAUCAAAAAACUUCAUUAUGCCGCUGGGGACGUUGCGCGCGUGGGUGCACCUCUGGUCGAUAUUGAAACCGACGAAGUUCCUGAUGGGUCAACUGAGCCGUCACCAUCUAUGGCUGCUGCUCCUGCCGAAGCGGUGUUGCCUUCAGCAGCCGCUGCUAGGGAGGGUGAUAAGAAGCUUCCUACAGGGAGUGAAGGUGGAUACCUUCUGGCGACUCCUGCGGUACGAAGGAUUGCACGGGAACAUAAUGUAGACCUGGUAAAAAUUGCGGGGACUGGACCAAACGGACGGGUUCUUAAAGGAGAUAUCCUUGCUUUUGUCAGUGGAACGGGUACUACUGCGGCAUCUGUACCAUCGCAACCUGCUGCACCUGCAACGCAGAAGAAACCGUCACCGGUUAUUGUCACUGCAGAAGACCGCAUUGUCCCACUCGGACCGAUCCAGAAAGCCAUGUUCAAGUCCAUGACGCGGUCUCUCCAAAUACCACACUUUGGAUUCUCUGAUGAAAUCAUCCUGAACGCGGCGUCAGCGUAUCGCUCGUCAAUCAACCACUACCUCAAGAAUGCACCAUCUGGUCAAUACCCGAUUAAAAAAAUUUCGUACAUGCCCAUUUUUAUGAAGGCUUUGUCGAUGGCGUUGCGUCAGUACCCGAUUUUGAAUGCGUGCUUGAUUAAUGCGGAGGAUGCCUCCAAGGCCCAAUUGCAAUAUCGUGGGGCGCACAAUAUUGGUAUUGCGAUGGACACGCCGCAAGGACUUAUUGUCCCCAACGUGAAAAACGUAGAGCAAAAGUCCAUUAUCGAUAUCGCAGUGGAUCUUGAGCGCUUAAAGGAGGCUGGUAAACGGAACGCAAUCUCGCCCGCGGAUCUCAAAGACGGCACCAUUACGUUAUCCAAUGUUGGUAACAUUGGUGGUACAGUUCUUCACCCUGUCCUAGUAUCUUCAGAAGUCUGCAUUGGAGCCAUCGGAAAAGUUCAGCGCCUCCCGCGCUAUGAGACAGUCCAUGACGCGGAAACCGGCAAGAAAAGGGAAAUUAUUGUUCCAAAGGAAAUCUUGAAUGUUAGUUUCAAUGCAGACCACCGGGUCAUUGACGGGGCAACGGUUGCCCGUUUUGUCCAGCUUUGGAAAAGAUAUUUGGAAGAACCGGCGACAUUGGCGGCAGAGUUGCGAUAAUGUAGAUACAAUUUUGUAGACAGGAUCAUCCCCCAUUUUUUGAAACUGAUUUUCAUAGAGAUGUAGAAAAAUAUACUCUCAAAACUAACAACUUUUUGGUGCCAAUAAAAUUAUCUAUCCGAAUUCACUCACAUUAUAUUUACAAUGAUGUGCCCAACAAUCACGUUA